CGUUUGGCGGAGAAGUGAAGACUGUCGUAGGGCGAAGGUCUUUACUGCAGAUUGUUGCUGCCAGAGAAGACUCCAACGAGAACAACAGAGAUGAAGCUGACGUAGUGCUCACUGCUUUGUGGAGGAUGCCCAGCAUCACUCGAGCUCAUAUAAGGAGCCUUCUGCAACAGGUACGGGAUUUGCAUCCUAGCGCAGAGCUUGGAGUGUCUGCCGUUGAGACAGUGAUGCGUGGCUUAGGGCUGGAAGAGCUCCUUGUAGACCCUGAGUUUGAUGACCUCCUGAAUACAUAGGUUACAGUCAUUCUAUGACAGGAUCAACUCGAAC